AUGGUUGACUCCUCGGAUUUGCUUUAUGCGUUGCGCCUCUGUUGUCUUGCCCUCUUGCUUUCCGGCUGGGCUUACCUCUAUAUUCAAAAACGGUACCAAAUCCAAGCCGAUAAAGCCUUUAGUCAAGAGCACGGCUGUGAGCCCAUCCGGAAGAGAUUGCCCUACAAAUGGCCGUUAGCAAUCGAUAUUUUGAAGUACCAAUACGACGCUCUAAUGCAAGGAAAUUUGCUUGCUUAUCAGGCAGACUACUUCCAAAGGGUCCAGGUAGGGCACACGUUCGAGGUCAAGCUGUUGGGGCGAAUUGGCUACUUUACUAGCAACCCUAAAAACUUGGAAGCUAUGCUGCAGACCAACUUUGACGACUGGGAACUCGGUAGUAGUCGCAACCCCCUGUUGCCCAUGAUUGGCAGGGGAAUUUUUACUCAGGAUGGACACCACGCCUGGAAGCAUUCGCGAGAAACCAUGCGCCGGCAAUUUGCGCGGAUGCAAUAUCAAGACCUCCGGCUAUUUGAGGGGCCCAUAAAUGACAUGCUGGCAUAUCUGCAGUCUUUUACCGGAGUCAUUGAUCUCCAGCCGGCAUUUUUUCGCUUCACCUUGGCCACAACGACCUCGCUCAUUUUCGGAGAGCCCUUUGUGGACUCGAAGAAAAUCGAUGACGAGACUUUUGCUGAAAAUUUCGAUUACACGUCGCUAGUCUCGGCCAUGCGUAUGAGACUGGCUGAUUGGGGUUGGGUCUAUAACCCUUCUAGGUACCGAACGGCCUGCGCUCUCGUCAAUGAUUAUGCCACGAUGUAUGUCAAUCAUGCGCUCCAGGACGUGAAAGAAAAUGGCGAAGAAGUCGCCACCAAGCGGCAUCCAUUUAUACUAGACCUCUUCAAAGAACUGCAGGAUGCCAAGCUUGUUCGAGAUCAACUCAUGAAUGCCGUCAAUCGGCCUCCCUCGAACGCCUCCGCCAGGAGAUACUCUCUUUUACUGAAGACGGGGGGCAUGGUGACCAGAGCACAAAUCAGUAAGAUGACUUACCUAAGAUGUGUUCUCAAUGAGACAAAUCGGCUAUACACUCAGAUCCCGAUGAACAUUCGUACAGCGAAAAGGACCACUUGUCUACCAAAGGGCGGCGGUCCAGACGGGAAAUCCCCUAUGCUUGUUGCCAAGGGGGUGGGAGUGGCAUUUUCUGCCUACUAUAUGCAUCGUAGUAAGGAGGUUUACGGUGUAGAUGUAGACGAAUUCUGCCCGGAAAGAUGGGAGGGUCCGGAAUUGAAGAAUAUUGGAUUUGCGUUUAUGCCUUUUCACGGUGGCCCUAGGCGGUGUCUCGGAAGCAAGAUUCCAAACCUCCUCCAGUGCAAUAGACUGGUCUCAAAAAGA